AUGGUCUCCUUCCAGUGCGAUGCCUGCGCAGACACAGUCAAGAAGCCCAAGCUCGACCAGCACCGCAACAGGUGCUUCGCCUCCUUCACUUGCCUCGACUGCUCGAAAACCUUCAACAGCCCCGCCCAGUACAAGAGCCACACCUCCUGCAUAACCGAGGACGAGAAGUACCAGGGCGCGCUCUACAAGGGCAAGAGGACUCAAGCUCCCGCCCAGACGUUCACCGAGGCAGAGCCUCCAACCACCACAGAAGCCCCCGCUGCUCCCCCAAUCCACCCUUCCCGUAUGCACCUUCAGUCUUCAGCCCCCACGUUCGACGCCCCCGCGCCUACACGUGGUGGCAGAGGAGGCCGGGGAGGGUUUGCCGAGCGUGGAGCCAGAGGCGGUAGGGGAGGAAGAGGCGGUAGGGGAGGCUUCCAGGCGCCCGUGGUGGAGAGGUCUUAUGGGACUGCGAUGAACAAGCUGGAGAGCACCAACGGAAUGAGAUCGUGGGGAUCUCCGGCUGUCACUGAGGACACCGCCUCUGCUCCUGCUGUCCCAACCCCCGCUCCUGCCCCUGCCUUCUCUACUGGUCAGGCCACUCAGUCCGAGAAGCCCAAGAAGAAGAAGAAGGGAGACAAGGGCGGUACUGGGUCAAAGGCCAACUCCAAGCGGCCCAAGGCCGAGAGCCUUGAACCGGCUUCUACUCCCGUCGAGCCUUCGAGCAAGAAACGAAAGUUGGAGGAUGUCGAGGCCGCACCAGAGCCUUCUACCGACGAUGCUCCCUCCAAGAUUGUCAAGCGUUUGAGGAAGCGUCUGGCCAAGAUAGGGGGCGGGGAGAUGACCCUGAGUGAAUGGGUGGAAAGUGUUGGCAAGGAUGACAAGAGGAGCUACGAGUCGGAGGACAUCAUGAAGAACGCCAGGGUUGUUCUCAAAGAUGGCUCAUGGGUCUUGUCGAUCUGA